CCCACCGAUCCUCAAGACCCUACCCCUUAUCUUCUGGUUCCCCUAGCCGCGCCCUACCCGCCUCUCCCCUCCUCGGUGGGUUUCCAUGGCGACCCCCCUCCCGGGGCGCGGGGGUUUCCAUAGCGACAGCCGCCGCCCCUCCCGCGCUCUGAGCCCCGCCGUGGCCCCGCCGGUCCCAGCCGCCGCCCCGGUGCUGAAGCGCCUCUUGCCUUUCCUCUUCCCCGCAGCCCAGCCGAGCCCAGCGGGGCCCCCGAUGAUGCCGGGGGCGCGGGCGGCGGAGGAGCAGCGCUUGGACGUGUGGCGGCCGUUGCCGCCCCAGUGACGGCCCCGCCAUGUCGGUUAUGGUGGCGAGGAAGAAGGUGGUUCGGAAAUGGGAGAAGCUGCCGGGCAGGAACACCUUCUGCUGCGACGGCCGCAUCAUGAUGGCCCGGCAGAAGGGCAUCUUCUACCUGACGCUCUUCCUCAUCCUUGGCACCUGCGCCCUCUUCUUCGCCUUUGAGUGCCGGUACCUGGCGGUGCAGCUGUCCCCGGCCAUCCCGGUGUUUGCCGCAGUCCUCUUCCUCUUUGCCAUGGCCACGCUGCUGCGCACCAGCUUCAGCGACCCCGGCGUCAUCCCCCGGGCCCUGCCCGACGAGGCUGCCUUCAUCGAGAUGGAGAUCGAGGCCACCAACGGGACGGUGCCGCAGGGCCAGCGCCCGCCGCCACGCAUCAAGAACUUCCAGAUCAACAACCAGAUCGUGAAGCUCAAGUACUGCUACACCUGCAAGAUCUUCCGCCCGCCCCGCGCCUCCCACUGCAGCAUCUGCGACAACUGCGUGGAGCGCUUCGACCAUCACUGCCCCUGGGUGGGCAACUGCGUGGGGAAGAGGAACUAUCGCUACUUCUACCUCUUCAUCCUCUCGCUCUCACUCCUCACCAUCUACAUCUUCACCUUCAACAUAGUCUACGUAGCACUGAAAUCUCUGAAGAUCGGGUUUCUGAACACGUUGAAGGAAACCCCAGGGACUGUACUGGAGGUGCUCAUCUGUUUCUUCACCCUGUGGUCAGUGGUGGGGUUAACUGGGUUCCACACCUUCCUGGUGGCACUGAACCAGACAACCAACGAAGAUAUUAAGGGGUCCUGGACUGGGAAGAACCGCGUGCAGAACCCCUACAGCCAUGGCAACAUAGUGAAGAACUGCUGCGAGGUGCUCUGUGGACCUCUGCCCCCCAGCGUCCUGGACCGCAGGGGCAUCCUGCAGCAGGAGGAGAGCACAGCUCAGGAGCCCUGCCCACGGGGGCCCAGCGCUGCGGAGCCCGCGGCGCGGCAGGCGGAGGAGAGCCGGGCGCAGCAGAAGGGUGCCAGCCCUCCUCACCCCACUGCUGUCCCUGCGCCACCCCUGAGCGCCGCGGAGAUGUCGGAGGAGAAGCAGCAGAUGCCUGGGGAGCUCCUGGUCCCGCCCCGGGACGCUGGGCAAGCAGAGCAGUAGCAGCUGCUCGGAAGGGAGAACUUUCUCGUGUUGUCUGAUGGAAGCUGGAGGAGAUGGAGAGAGGAGGAGAAGGGCUGGAUGGCAGGCAAAGGAUUCCUCACGGCCGUUUUGCUUUAGUCUUUGUUCAGCGGGGCGCGGG